UUUUCCCUUUAGCGACCCAUUUACGAAGAUGGUAAGAUAAUUAUUGGGGCCAUUUUUGUUCUGGGCAGUGGAAGUUGUGGUUGAUUCAGAAUGGCCGGAAAGAACAACCCGCGAUCCAAUUCGCGAAUGACCAUCUUUCUCUUCCUCCUCGCUUUCUCUCUCCUCCUAUUCCUCUUCUCUCUCUCUCCUCUCCGCACCCCUUCUCCCACGCAGCAUUUCCACGUUUCCGAUGCCGAAACCUCGUUCUUGGCCUCCCUCGACCACUUCCUCCUCGCCCACGCUCAAACGUCCCUCAAAGACGACGACACAGCGCCCCGCGACGAACCCCAAAACGACGACAUGACGAAGAAGCUCGACGACGCCGUUUUUCACUCCGAGAUGGACAGGCUCCUCUCGGAUCCUUACUACCCGGUGUCCCUUCCCCUUAGGGUUUACGUCUACGACAUGCCCCCAAAAUUCACCCACGAUUUGCUCUGGCUCUUCAAAAACACCUACCGAGACACCUCCAAUCUCACCUCUAAUGGAAGUCCCGUUCACCGUCUCAUCGAACAGCAUUCCAUUGAUUACUGGCUCUGGGCGGAUCUCAUUGCUCCCCAAUCGGAAAGGCUCUUGACCAGUGUCGUUAGGGUUCACCGACAGGAGGAGGCUGACUUGUUCUACAUACCCUUCUUCACCACUAUCAGCUUCUUCCUCAUGGAAAAACAACAAUGCAAGGCCCUUUAUAGGGAAGCUUUGAAGUGGAUCACUGAUCAACCUGCAUGGAAGCGCUCUGGUGGCAGAGAUCACAUACUCCCCGUGCAUCAUCCCUGGUCUUUCAAGUCUGUUCGUAGAUACGUGAAGAAUGCAAUAUGGCUCCUGCCUGAUAUGGAUUCCACAGGAAACUGGUACAAGCCAGGACAGGUUUAUCUGGAGAAAGACCUGAUUCUCCCUUAUGUUCCCAAUGUUGAUUUAUGUGAUGCCAAGUGUUUAUCUGAGACGAAUCCAAAGAGAAGCACACUACUUUUCUUUCGGGGCCGGCUCAAGAGAAAUGCGGGAGGGAAGAUACGCUCUAAACUUGGAGCUGAAUUAAGUGGGGUUGAUGGUGUGGUUAUAGAGGAGGGAACAGCUGGAGAUGGGGGAAAAGAAGCUGCUCAAAGGGGCAUGCGCAAGUCUCUAUUUUGCUUAAGCCCAGCUGGUGACACUCCUUCCUCUGCUAGAUUAUUUGAUGCUAUUGUCAGUGGAUGCAUUCCAGUUAUAAUAAGUGAUGAGCUGGAGCUUCCUUUCGAAGGAAUACUUGAUUACAGGAAGAUAGCGGUGUUCAUUUCUUCUAUUGAUGCUGUAAAGCCAGGUUGGCUUUUGAAAUAUUUAAAAGGCAUUAGACCUGCUCAUAUCAAAGCAAUGCAACAAAAUCUUGUCAAGUACUCAAGGCAUUUCUUGUAUUCUAGUCCUGCUCAACCAUUAGGUCCUGAAGACUUGGUUUGGAAAAUGAUGGCUGGCAAGGUGGUGAACAUCAAGCUUCACACCAGAAGAUCACAACGUGUAGUGGAAGGAUCAAGAAGUCAGUGUACUUGUGAAUGCAGGUCUGGUAACAUCACUAAUACUGCUUCAAUAAUUUCUUAAAUCAUUUUGUUUUAUUUUAGUAUUGUUUGGUGGGCUAGUUUGUUGUAAAACAUCACUACUACUCGACGGGAAAAAUAAUUUAAAUGUCUGUAGGAUGAUCAGCCUUGUGUGAAAGCUAAUGGCAAUCAAAUAUCAUAAUUGCCCAUAUAUGUUGUCCUUUGUGACCGAGGCCAUGCUGGGUUACUGUAAGAUAAAAUGACGGAAAACCAGAUUUUACAAGGAAAAAGUCUAAUCAUUUUAUUUUCAUUUAGGAAAAA